AUGUCUCUUGUACAAAAGAAGAUAUAUUUAUUGAGAUUAUUUGAAUCAAAUUUAACAUCAACUACACCAAACAGUAAAGAAGAAAAACGUAUAUUAGAGAGACAGAUAAUUCGUUAUUUAUCAACAGAACAACAACUUUACAUACAAAAUAGAAAAGAAAAGGAACUUUUAACUAUGGGGGAAAAAAUUCAAUCUGCGUUAAAUCGAAUACAAAAUCCUGAUAAUUGUUCUAAUUCACGUAUUCUUGUAUGUAAGUUAGAACAGAAUUGCGGUUUUGGAUGUGUAAUGCAUCAUGUUAGUUAUUGUCUUUCAAUUGCUUCUGGCGCAGGUCGAACACUUAUAUUUGAGGAUGAGGGUAAUAAAUGGGCAUAUAAUGUCCAAUGGAAUGAAAUAUUCGAACAAAUAACUAAUUGUAGUUAUUUAGAAAAUGUAAGUAUUGGCAUGGAUGUAAAGACUUUCAUCCUUUAUUUUCAGGUUAAGCCAUUUCUUCCAAUACCACUGUAUGCUGAACCUGGACAGUCUGAUAGAAUAGUAUUUUUAGAUAGACGUUGGGACAUGUGCAGGGUAAUGAAAAGAGAAUUGCCUCAUGCACCAGAAGUAGCACCAACUGAAAUUAAAGAUUUUCUUCUGGAAAAUCAUCCAAACCCUCCACUUUGGUUUCUUGGACAAGUAUUGAAUCAUGAAAUUAAAUUAAUAUUGAAGUUUUAG